AUGCUGCGACUGGCGGUCGCAGUGUAUAGGUGGUGUUGUGGCCCUCUGUGGUCCGGGCCAUACCACCACACCCACGGCAAGGAAAAUUGCAUUCUCAAUUUGGCUUUGCAUGCAUUUCUUUCUUCAUGGGCCGAAAGGAAGUCCUCCACAGGUUCCCUCAAAGGAUCUCCUGGACGGUACCCAUUCUGGAUAUUGCUCUUCCCAUAUUUCUCCCUCGUCAUCGAGGGUGUGUCGCCGCCAUUGGAGCUCAAAGGUAGUCAAUUCGAAAGUGAUGUCAACGAGCUAUUUUUUGAUCUGUUCUAG